GGACGACGGGUUCGGACCCCCACCGCGCCCAGACUCUUGUUUCUUCCCAGACCCAGAGGAUGCGCGUCAUGGGGCCGCGAACCCUCCUCCUGCUGCUCUCGGGGGCCCUAGUCUUGACCGAGAGCCUGGCUGGCCCCCACUCCCUGAGGUAUUUCUACACCGCCGUGUCCCGGCCCGGCCUCGGGGAGCCCCGCUUCAUCACCGUCGGCUACGUGGACGACACGCAGUUCGUGCGGUUUGACAGCGACGCUCCGGAUCCGAGGAUGGAGCCGCGGGCGCGGUGGGUGGAGCAGGAGGGGCCCGAGUAUUGGGAUCGGGAGACGCAGAAAGCCAAGGACGCCGCACCGACUUUCCGAGCGAACCUGAACAACCUGCGCGGCUACUACAACCAGAGCGAGGCCGGUGGUCAGGGCGGGUCAGGGUCUCACACGGUCCAGGAGAUGUACGGCUGCGACGUGGGUCGCCUCCUCCGCGGGUACGUGCAGUACGCCUACGACGGCAGAGAUUACCUCGCCCUCAACGAGGACCUGCGCUCCUGGACCGCGGCGGACACGGCGGCUCAGAUCUCCAAGCGCAAGUGGGAGGCGGCAGGUACUGCGGAGGGAGACAGGAACUACCUGGAGGGCACGUGCGUGGAGGGGCUCCGCAAAUACCUGGAGAACGGGAAGGACACGCUGCUGCGCGCAGACCCUCCAAAGGCACAUGUGACCCGUCACUUCAUCUCUGACAGUGAGGUCACCCUGAGGUGCUGGGCCCUGGGCUUCUACCCUGAGGAGAUCUCACUGACCUGGCAGUGCAAUGGGGAGAACCAGACACAGGACAUGGAGCUUAUGGAGACCAGGCCUUCAGGGGAUGGAACCUUCCAGAAGUGGGCUGCCCUAGUGAUACCUUCUGGAGAGGAGCAAAGAUACACAUGCCAUGUGCAGCACGAGGGCCUUCAGGAGCCCCUCACCCUAAGAUGGGAACCUCCUCAGACCUCCUUCCUCACCAUGGGCAUCAUUGUUGGCCUGGUUCUCCUCGUGGUGGCUGUGGUGACUGGAGCUGUGAUCUGGAGGAAGAAGUGCUCAGGUGAAAAAGGAUGGAUCUACGCCCAGGCUGCAAGCAGUGACAGUGCCCAGGGUUCUGAUGUGUCUCUCUCAGUUCCUAAAGUGUGAGACAGCUGCCUUGUGGGGACUGAGUGAUUAUCCGUCCCACUUUGUGACAUCAGAUCCCGGGACCCCUCUUUCUGCAGCUGCAUCUGAAUGCAUCUGUGUUCCUAUUAGCAUAAUGUGAGGAGGUAGGGAGACUGGCCCACCCCUGCCCACCGCACCCCCUCUCCACCCAGACCUGUGUUCUCUUCCCUGUUGGACUCCUCUGUUUUGGCUGAGGCAGGGCUGGGCCCUUUCUACCUUUGUCUUAACUUCAUGUUGUGCUGAGAAAUACUGAACAUAAGAAUCUGGAUGUGAAUUUGUUUUUUCUCAUUCAUGUCAUGAGGGUUGAUGGGUUAAUAAAUAAAAAGAUUCGUAAAGUUUGAGACAGGAAAACAAACAGAAGCACUGAGAAUCUUCCAGCUGUGCUAUUUGCUGUGCUGAGUCUGAUGUCAGUGGGACCAGAGAAGGAUACGAGGAGGUAUGAGCCCUCUCCAGUGAGUGCUAAGUCCUUUGUGGGCUUCAAAGUGGUCACUGGUUGGAUGAGUCAUCUUGUCUGUUUCUUUGUCCUUGUCCCUUUGGUGGGACAAGUUUCUACUAAAUGACUGAGGUCAGUGAUCAGAGAGCAUUCAGGUUGGGGAGGAGUCUUAAAUCCACACUUCAACAGUUGUACUUUCCUGGGAAGAAAAGGGCUAGAGAUGCAUAUUGGUUUCUCUACCCUGAGGUACAUAGCCAAGUGGAAGACUAAAGAAGUGUUAUCAGCUCAAAAUAAUGAAAAUCAAUGAAUCCUUGCUGUUUGAAACUAUUACCUAAAUGGAUUUCUCACUCAUUCCUUAGUGUAAACAACAGAAUACAAAUUUUUCUGUUACAUAAACGAAAAUUGCGUGUAUGUGUACCCUGGGGACUCAUUUCAUUUCAGGAAAAGCCACAGAAUAAGCUUGAAGCUAUACAGCCAGGAACAGAAUCCACAAUCCUCCUAGUGGAGUCCCACAUCGGACCCACUGGCCCCAGCUGAGCACAGAUGUCACAGCUCACACCACUGAUCCCGUGCCGGGCUGGGACUGCUUUCGUUACUUCUCUUGGCAAAUGGGUGUCAUUACUGCCAUUCAUGCCACCUUUGCCAAAUGCAUUCUUCACUGUUUCAGCUUAUGUCACCACGCCCUGAGCCAGAGUCAGUAUGCGGUCACCUAACUGUGGACUUAUACUGUGUCUACCUGCAAGAAUGUUGGGAACUAGCAGAUCCUGAUCCACUGGCGGCCUCAAAACAUAUACUGGAUGAUGGACUUUAGUGUGGCUCAGGCAGCUAAGCCACACUGCCACUUGAUGUCCUCCUGACUUCUGAACCUAGCAGCCUCUUCUUAUAGAACAUUCUGGAACACUGCAACAGUUCACUAGCAUGGGGUGCAGAGUCAUGUCUGCUACCUGCUGGACAGGGAACUAAUGGAAAAUAGGUCACAAAGGUCUCUGAGAGAAGAUAUCCUGGGUUCAAUCCCAUCCCCAACUCCACCACCUCCUUAAACUCUCUCAGUAGAAAAUGAUCACAAAUUGGGUGCUUCAUGGGUUUGCUUUGAGGGUAAAAUUUGACCAUGUAAAUCACAUGGCCUUAUUGCCUGAGACCUAUUAAGUGUUCCUUUAUUCACAGUUACCAUUAUUAUAAUGGGCUUCCCUGGUGGCUCAGAUGGUAAAGAAUCCCCCUGCAAUGCGGGAGACUUGGGUUUGAUCCCAGGGUGGGGAAGAUCUUCCCUGGAGGAAAUGGCAACCCACUCCAGUGUUCUUGCCUGAGAAAUCCCAUGGGCAAAGAAGACCAGCAGGCUAUAGUCCAUGGGGUCACAAAGAGUAAAGCACGACUGAGCACACCAUCAUAUUGACUACAGCAUUUAGAUAAGUUCCACUAUUUUGCUUGUAUAAAUCACAAUUCAGGAAACAUCGUUAAACACAUAUUAAUAUUUUUGAGACAUGUAUGAUUAUCUUCUUAAGAUAAAUCCUUUUUAGGAAUUUA